UUUUGUUGUUGUUUCGCUUCCUCCUUUCGCUCCUCCCUGCCGUGUUGUGUCUCCCAGUCGCCAGGCACCCGGACCGCGCUGUCUCCGGGAUGUGCCGGUCGCCAACAUGGAAAGUAAACGCGUGGAGGUUCCUGACGGAGUGCUGGACGACCUGUGCAGCCGAUUUAUUCUACAUAUUCCCAGCGAAGAGAGAGACAACGCAAUCAGGGUUUGCUUCCAGAUUGAACUGGCCCAUUGGUUUUACUUAGACUUCUGGAUGCAGAACUUUCCAGGCCUGCCUGCCUGCGGGAUAAGAGACUUCGCUAAAGCUGUUUUCCAGCAUUGUCCCUUUUUACUUCCAAACGGCGAAGACGUGCAGAGAGUCCUGAAUGAAUGGAAGGAAUAUAAAAUGGGGGUUCCCACCUAUGGUGCCAUUAUUCUCGAUGAGACCCUGGAAAACGUGCUGCUUGUUCAAGGCUAUCUAGCAAAGUCUGGAUGGGGAUUUCCGAAAGGCAAAGUUAAUAAAGAAGAAGCUCCUCACGACUGCGCUGCCAGAGAGGUGUUUGAGGAGACGGGGUUUGAUAUAAAGGAUCGAAUGUGCGUUGAUGACUACAUUGAGCUGAGAAUUAAUGAUCAGCUUGCACGCUUGUAUAUAAUUCCCGGAGUUCCCAAAGACACCAAGUUUAACCCCAAAACAAGGAGAGAAAUCAGAAAUAUUGAAUGGUUUCCGAUUGAGAAAUUGCCCUGCCAUAAAAAUGACAUGACUCCCAAGUCUAAGCUUGGUUUGGCUCCCAACAAGUUUUUUAUGGUGAUUCCCUUUAUUAGGCCGCUACGGGACUGGCUGCACAAAAAGCUUGGGGAUUCAUCUGAUAGCGAUAACGGAUUCAUGUCAACAGGGAGCACUCCAUCCAAACCCAAUGGGGAGAAGUCAAAGUCUAAGAUGCGUUGUGUUCCACAGUUUUCUGAGCUUUCUCCAGCAGACCAAUGGACAAAGGCCAAGCAACAACAAAACAACAAGCCUCACAGCAAUUUUAAUCCUGUAGAAAUGUCAGAAUUACUAAAGAUUAAGAACCUCAAGAGUAAUGGCAAAAAGCUGCACCAGGAUUCACCAAACCAGAAGAAGAAACCAAACGGAGUUCCCAGUCAGCACGGCAAACAGCCAAACAAUAAUGCAAAAUUGGAGAAAAAACUUAACCCCAGAAGACUUAAUGACACGUUUGAUAUCGACUCUGCGUUUGACAGCUUCUCCCCCGGUGAAGAACAGCAGAGCGAUCCCUCGGAAGAUGUUCUGGAUAUUUGCCAGUACCCGUUCUCCUCAAGAGCUUUCCUUGGCUUCAGGUUUGACCGGGAUGCGAUCAUGAAAUCGUGUGACCUCUGACAUAUUAGCAAGGCUCCCAGCUGCUAUGAGCAGGUUCAGAUCAAGCCUUACCCUCCUCAGGUUCUUGUUUAUCUCUAAAGGACAUGCCGGGAUUCACUGGUGGUUUGGAAAAAGUUCUGUUCCGAGGGCAGCACUUACUACAUGGUUCUAAUCCAUUUGUUGUCUCUCUCUUCUUGCACUGUAUUUUGCAAUAUUAUCUUUAUUUUUAUACACAAGUACCUUUUCAGUGUUUUGACUCUUCUAGAUUUGAGAGUGAGAAGAGUUAAACAAUAUACAUGUGCAUAGAUGUGUGUGUGUGUGUGUGUGACCUCUGACUCUCAAAGGGUUAAGUAGGUACUCAGUGGGCAUUGUCUAGAUGUAUAGAUAUUUCUGUUCUUAAGAAACUGGCUCUUCUUUCUUCUACUCCCUGAUGUAGAUGUGACAGGCCUGUUUAAUUGCGCCUUUAUGCAACCUGAGGCUUUCUUUCGAACUGCUUGUUUCAAACACGUAUGCACUUGCCUUCUCGGAUACACGGUGCAUGUGAAUAGACAGACGUGUGCCGCAGGCUGUGAUGGCUGCAUGCAGUCACCGUGCUAAUAGAACCUUCUCGGUCUUGUGUCUGUUUUUUUUAUUUUUAUUCAGUGAUUUAUUUUUUAUAAUCACGGCAAUUGUGAAAGCUGUGAACGGAAACAAGCAUAUGGAAAUGUUCGUGUUUUAAAUCUGCCGCUAACAAAAAGGUGUUGGGGUCUAAUGAAGUCUCAACAUAAGGAUUUUCUCUUGUGUGGCCCAUCCUGCUUUGGCCUGAUGGUGUAGAUAGGGAUAAGGGGAGCAACAUAGACACGAGCUGAUGCGGUCAGCCUGUGCAGCCUCUUACUAGGAUCAUGUAGCGGGAGAGUGCCUGUGUGUGACUGUAUGCCUGUGUGUGUGUGUGUGUGAGACUGUAUAUCUGUAUGCGUGACACUGAAUGCCUGUGUGUAUGGGUGCCCAUCAGACUACGGCUGUGGCAACAGUGGCAGCCACAAAAAAACUAAAUUAUUGGAACCAUACCUUCUCAGCUGGACUAGAACCCUUUAUUCUUGCCGAAGAGUGUAAGAGUCAUAACCGUAGUGUCUCCCCGCCACCCAGCUGCUUCCGAGAGUCCGUUGACAAGCUGGGGACAUUGGCACGUGGGUCGUAAGACUUCUCCUUUACUUUAUUGAAGACAUUAGACUCCAGCUGAUGUCACGGAUUUCUCCUUUCCAUGCGGUGUGACCGGUGCUGGGUUUUCUGUAGCGAUAUGAAUGUCUUUCUUUGCACUUGUUGACCAAUAUGAAUAUAUUAAUAUUAAUUCCAGUCCUCGCCAUGUGCCUCCGCUCCAGCACUGAGAUACUCGGUCAGCAGGUUCACUUCCAUUUCCUUCAGUACAAUUCAGUUAUCAGAAAUCCAUUUAUAUCCUUCGUACUCCAGGAUUUUACAUUUACAGAGCUGCGGGUCCGAGCCCUUUGCCUUUCACUAUACGGUAUAGUUUACAGCUAUGGUUUCUGUUAGUAUUACUGAUGAGUUUUUAUUUGCAAUGCCUUUGCUGGGAUGUCCUGUUUGCUGCCUUCUAGGACCGGAGUUGUGCCGCUCUGGUUUGGAAGCAGGAAUGUGGCCUGAGGUUUUCCUUUAUGUCGGUGAUUCCAGAUGCAGUCUUUCUCAACCUGUAGUACGUUUACCCCACGGGGCACAUCUGGGAGAAUCCAGUCCAUGGAUACUAUUGUAAUUUAUUAAAUGAAUCCAUUAUGGAUGAUGUUACAUUCUGAAUAUCUGAUAAACACAUUGGAUUUGCAAAUUCUGAUACUUUAUGUUAUGAGCAAGAGGUCCUGAAACGUUGCAGUAAGCGUGACUUUGUGUGUCUGAGAAGGAUCUGUGCAGACUAUCGAUGAGUCCUGUAGUUGGCAGCUUACCGUGUGAGGUACAUGAUUUGGUCGUCGGUGAUUGACUCCGGAUAUCUUACUGACUGCUUCUUGCACAAAGUCUCCAAACAUGUCUGAUGCAUUUGCUUUGUACACUGCUCUUCAUGGUGGUGAGAACAAGUUUGCAUAUCAUGCUAAGUAAGGUCGAUGCAGCUGGGAUUCUGGAUGUCAUGUGUAACUUGUGUCUUUAUCGAGAAUACUGUGAACGCCCCACGCAUUACACUAAUGUGCACAUUUCAGACUCGAUGAAUGGAGUUUGUGUUGUUUAGCAAACUUUAAAGAAGAGACCUUCCGUGGUUACUUUGGAUGGUGAACAGUUUGUAUCCAUCACAAGUAAUGUCUUUAAUGUGAAUCUCUCCAGAGAAGCUUCUUUGUGAAUGCAUGUAGAUAGGCCUUCAGCUUCCGCUUAUUGUUUUGUUUUAGUUUUUUUUCCUUUUUUUAACCCCUUCUGUACCGGUGACGUACCUGGAACUUCCUGGUUGGGUCGCCCACAGACCGGGGCGUACCAGGCACGUCAUCGAUGAUGCGCGAUCCAGCGAAUCACGAGCACGGAAUUAAAAUAUUUAACUAAAACUGCGGUCUUCAAGGGAUGACGCAGUACGAGAACGGCGGUCUUGAAGGGGUUAAUAUGCCAGAAACCUACCAUUCGCUUUGCACUGGUUUAUGAAGGUGGAUGCUAUGGUUGAGGUUGGGCCGAGCCAGUUCCAAAAGUAAUCACCUUCAUGUGCAGAAGGGGAGGAAGCACUUUAGCUCACGUUCUUCUCUUUCUGGCAUUGGCCUUGACUCUACAAGGCUUACCCAUCCCUCCUGGAUCGGAAUACGUGUAACGUGGAUCCACUGGUUUUGGUACCACGUGUACUACACGUAUCCAUAAUUCACCGCUAACGUUAUCCAUUGUGAUACAACACACAGCCCUCCCUUUAUUGUCUAUAACUGAAACAAUUAUGACACUGGCUGCAAAUCGAUUGACUGGCUUUUCUUUUUGUUUGCAUGUACAUUAUUACUUUUGGAACCCAAAUGGGUCAUUUUUAUAGGUACUUUUUGAUCUGUUCUUCAAGUGCCCCUUGCAUGGAAAAAAACAAAUCCGAGUAUUACAUGUACUGUACAUGAGACUGUAUUGUGUAUAUAUCACUCGUGCCUACACUUUUACUGAGUGCGCUGUUUGUAGUCGUUUUAUUUUUCCUUCACCCUGUAUUUAACUUUUCAUCUGUAUCCAUACCUGAUGAAGUCUUCAUUCCCUGAACUAUUUGUUUUUGCUCAUUCUUACCGAUCCCUACAAUAAUAACCAAACUGCAAUAAAAAAACUUUCCAAAAGCA